GCGCCCCCUGUGGCCGCAGGAGGGACUGCAGCAGUGCGCCAUCUUCGGCUCCUCGGUUCCGUCUGUCGGUAAACAACGCGCUGACCGGGAGGCGGUUUCUCUGCCAUCGAAAUGUCGUCAAACGAUUAUUCCCAAACAUCCGCCCAGGGCUAUGGGUCCUAUGGCGGAGGUGGAGGUGGAGGCGGAGGUGGAGGUGGAGGUUGCGGUGCUAACCAGGGCUACGGUCAGUCUCCUGGCCAGAGCUACAGUCAGCAGGGCUACGGAGGCUACACCCAGAGCUCUGACAGCAGCCCUGGCUCCUACAGCCAGGGAGGAUACGGCAGCUACGCCCAGUCCCAGUCAGGAUACAGUUCUCCAUCUUCUAACCAGGGCGGUGGAGGAGGUGGAGGUGGAGGCGGUGGUGGUUAUAAUCACUCCACUCAGUCCUAUAGUCCUGGAGGCUACAGCAACAGCAACCAGCCCUCCAGCAUGAGCUACAACCAGCCGUCAUCCUUCUCUGGCUACAGCCAGCAGCAGCCUCCGUCUUCCUCAGGCUACGACGGCAGCUCGCAGGCUCCGGGCUACAACCAGCCACCGAGCACUGGACAGAGUGGAGGUGGUUACGGCAGCAGUGGAGGUCAGACUGGUGGCUAUGGGGGCAGUGGGAGCCACCAACAACCAUCCCAACAUGGAGGAGGUCACUACAACCAGCCUCCGAACUAUAACUCCCCGCCUCCACAGAGCUACAGUCAGCAGAGCCAGUAUGGUCAAGGUGGAGGGUACGGAGAUGAAAGCCCACCGAUGAGCGGAGGAGGGGGUGGAGGGUACGGCGGUCCUGAUGGAGGUUACGGUCAGGAUGGGCGCGGCGGCAGGGGCCGUGGGGGUGGAUUUGGAAGUCGUGGUGGCGGCGGAUACGAUCGUGGUUUUGACCGAGGUGGCCGAGGUGGACCAAGAGGAAGAGGUGGCAUGGGAAUGGGCGAUCGUGGAGGAUUCAAUAAGUUUGGUGGACCAAGAGAGCCGGGACAUGGAGGACCUGGCUUCAUGCAAGACCAGGAUAACUCUGAUAAUAACACCAUCUUCGUGCAAGGCCUGGGAGACGACUACACUGUUGAAUCAGUGGCAGACUUCUUUAAGCAGAUUGGGAUCAUUAAGGUCAACAAGAAGACCGGCCUGCCCAUGAUCAACCUCUACACAGACAGAGAGACGGGGAAGCUGAAGGGGGAGGCCACAGUUUCCUUCGAUGACCCUCCCUCAGCUAAAGCUGCCAUCGACUGGUUUGAUGGUAAGGACUUCAAUGGGAAUCCUAUCAAGGUGUCUUUUGCCACCCGCAGGGCUGACUUCGGAGGCCGAGGUGGUAUGAGGGGAGGUCGAGGACGAGGAGGGCCGAUGGGUCGUGGGGGGUUUGGAGGGGGUCGAGGUGGAGGCUUCCCAGGAGGCAAUGGGGGCGGUGGAGGAGGAGGAGGUGGAGGCGGCCAACAGAGAGCGGGAGACUGGAAGUGUUCGAACCCUAACUGUGGCAACCUGAACUUCUCAUGGCGUAACGAGUGUAACCAGUGCAAGGCCCCUAAACCUGAGGACGCUGGUGGGAUGUCUCCGAUGGAAAGAGGAGGUUACGGAGGAGAGCGCAGAGGAGGGUUUGACCGGGGCGGCUUCAGGGGCCGAGGUGGUGACCGCGGGGGCUUCAGAGGGGGCCGAGGAGGGGACCGGGGAGGGGACCGGGGAGGAUACGGCCCUGGAAAGAUGGACGCAAGGGGCGACCGCAGACAGGAGCGCCGAGGCCGUCCCUACUGAAGGACUAACAUCAAAGACCUGUGUGUGUGUGUGUGUGUGUGUACCCUCGUCCAUAGUGGGCUCGGCCCACACCUUUCACCUUUUCUAUAAGUCUGCAAACUUUGGUCUCUUUGGUGUGAAGAAAAAUGUGACCAUCCCUGUUUUUUUUGUUUGCUGUUGUUCAGUUAGUUCACGUCCAUCCACAGUCCUCCGUCUGCUCAGCGAGGCCUCAUUUAGAAAAAUCUUUAAGGUUGUUACUUUACUCUCCAUCACACACACGAGCAGUGUUCCCAACACCUCCAGCAGUAUUUUCUCAUUCCCGCCACAUGUCAUGCUCCCAGUGUGGUGAAUAUGAACAGCUGUGUUAGCCUCCAGUUCACUUCCAGCUCUGCACUGUGACGUUUUUAUCAAUCAACCUGAACCUGAAAUUUCUCUGGUUUUAAAUAUUUUCACUAAAAUUUCUCAAACGAGGCCUCAUGUCUCUGCAGAUGUAUUGAAUGUUUCUGUUGGUGUAUUUAUUAUUUAUGAUUAGUUUUUGUAUUGUGCAUGUGCUAGUUUUUAAAUGAAAGUGUUGAUACAAACCAAA